UCAUAUGGAGAUGGGAGAAUGUGAUGCUUCGCAUUUUGUAUAUAAAAUAUGUGUGUAGGCGCACGGUAGAGGGCAACUCCCAGCGCACUUUGGCAGCUUACUCUCGAAGCCACCACGACGCCCCCACCAGCUCCGCGCGGCAUCUCCUCUCCGCCUAUAACUAACAUGCGCUCUUGAGACAAUUGCCAUCCUUAUCCUGCGCACCCCUCUCUCUUCUCUCUCUCUCUCUAUCUCGUCCAAUAUCAAUGGCGGAGCCUCCAAAGGGUGACCCUUUCCCCGAGAACCGCCGUGAAGAUGACGCGGGAGCGGUUUUCACCCUCCAAUCAAAAGGGGAAUGGUGGCACGCGGGGUAUCAUCUGACGACGGCGAUAGUGGGGCCGACUAUACUGACAUUGCCUUACGCGUUCAAAGGAUUGGGGUGGGGACUGGGAUUCUUCUGCUUGACGGUGAUGGCGGCGGUGACGUUCUACUCGUACUAUCUCCUGUCCAAAGUGCUCGACCACUGUGAGAAAGCUGGUCGCCGCCACAUCCGAUUCCGCGAGCUCGCCGCUGACGUCUUAGGGUCGGGAUGGAUGUUUUACUUUGUAAUAUUAAUCCAAACGGCUAUCAACACUGGAAUUGGAAUAGGAGCGAUUUUGCUUGCAGGGCAAUGUAUUGAAAUCUUGUAUUCGAACAUUUUCCCCCAUGGGUCCCUGAAAUUGUACGAGUUCAUAGCAAUGGUGACACUUGCAAUGAUAGUUCUCUCUCAGCUUCCAAGCUUUCACUCUCUCAGACACAUCAACCUGGGUUCGCUGCUUCUCAGCUUGGGCUACACUUUCCUUGUGGUUGGUGCUUGUAUCUAUGUAGGUACCUCAAAAAAUCCCCCUGAAAGGGAAUACUCCUUGGAAUCCUCAAAGUUGGCAAGGGUUUUCAGUGCCUUUACUUCAAUAUCAAUUUUAGCUGCCAUUUUUGGGAAUGGGAUACUCCCUGAAAUACAAGCAACUCUUGCUCCACCUGCAACUGGGAAGAUGGUAAAAGGCCUUCUGAUGUGUUACUCUGUAAUUUUCAUCACCUUCUACUCGGCUGCAGCGACGGGAUACUGGUUGUUCGGAAACAAAUCUAAUGCGAACAUUCUCAAGAGCCUAAUGCCGGAUGAUGGACCUUCUUUGGCUCCAGUCUGGGUUCUUGGCCUCGCUGUGAUCUUUGUUCUCCUUCAGCUCUUUGCCAUUGGCCUGGUUUAUUCUCAAGUGGCUUAUGAGAUCAUGGAGAAAAAAUCAGCCGAUGUGAAACAAGGGAUGUUUUCUAGAAGGAAUCUUAUUCCUCGGCUAAUUCUUCGGACGCUGUACAUGAUAUUCUGCGGGUUUUUCGCAGCAAUGCUUCCAUUCUUUGGAGACAUUAAUGCUGUUGUAGGAGCAAUUGGCUUCAUCCCUCUGGAUUUCAUCCUCCCAAUGCUUCUCUACAACAUGACUUACAAGCCUCCAAGAUCAUCCCUCAUCUAUUGGAUUAACAUCUCUAUUAUCAUCAUCUUCACUGGGACAGGAAUCAUGGGCUCCUUCUCUUCUGUUAGGCAAUUGGUUCUUGAUGCCAACGAGUUUAAGCUCUUUAGCAGUAAUGUAGUUGGUUAAGUAUGAAUCACACUAAGUCUUGCUUUCAAAUUCACUGAGUUAUUAA